CCCGAGUCAGCCCUGGAUUGCAAUCCUGGCUCUGCCACAUGGACGGUGACCUGUCAGAAAAUGGAGACCCCGGUGCCCAACCUGCAGCCCAGCUCAAUGGUCACGAAAAGGUCUGGGGGGCAGGGGCGGCAGAUGGAAAACGGGUGCGGCUCUUUCCUUCAUCUGUCUGCGCACGGACUUCCCCAAGGCCCCCCCUCGGUGCACCCCGUUUUCUCCUCUUUGCCCUCCUGGCUUAAGUGCGUUGGUCUCUUACUGGGUGCCCCCACAGCGUCCCAUGGAUCCCAGAUGGAUGAACAGAUGACUGGAUGGACGCAAAACCCCCGGGGUCUGACCCACGGGAGGUGCUCGGCCAAUGCCGCCCCUCCCCUGGCCCCUUGGCGGCGGGGGGGGGGGGCACACGGCGGGCCGGCCACUGCUACUCAAGUCCUGGAAGCAGCCCAGAUGGGAAGCAGAAGUGCCCCGGGGUGCCCUGGCAAUCAGGCCAGAUCCCCCGUGGGGCGCGCUGGGACCAGCGCGGGGACCCAGCCGCCCUCCCGCUGCGACGCGCAUGCUCCAUGCCCCCCCCCCCCCCCCCCCCCCCGCCGCGCCUGGUUCCCACGCCGCCGCCGCCGCCGCCGCCACCGCACCGCCCCGGCCCCGCCCGCUCCCCGCCCACCUCCCGGCCCUGCUCCUGGCUCUAGACAGAGGAGGAUGGACAGCCUCGCAGAACGCGCCUCCUGAGAGCGGCGCCCAGGGACCAGGUCGAGACCGGGCGGGGAAUCCCGCCAUCUCCUGGGGCCGCUGUCCCCGAGGGCUUCUCGGAGGCGGCAGCCUUGGCCUUGGGCCUGCCGGGGGCGGGGGGCAGGGGGUGGGGGUUAGGACCCACAGCCCGGCAGCGGCCCGCGGAGCCCCAGUAUGCCGGCCUGGCAGGGCUGUGGCGGCCCAGAGCGGGACCCUGUGGAGGGGAGGGGGGGGGGCGUCUCGGCAGGCAGGUGGCCAUGGGGCGAGGGAGAGGGCCCCUGGAAAGCAGCCUAUGUUUAUUGACUGCGAUUGGCCUCUGAUCCUGGAGCUGGCAAGGGAGCCCCCGGCGGGUGCCGGCAUCGUUUGCAGACGUGCCCGUGUACUUCAUCAAGACGGGACGGAAGCUUCUGGACCUCAGUCAAAGGAUCCUCUACAAGAGAGUGUUGCUGGAGAACUAGCGCCAUUUGGUGUCACUGGAUGCAGGGUUCACGGCGCAGCUCCGGAAUCGUCAGUCGAUGCCACAUGUCCCAGCAGCCUCCUGACCUCCCUGCAGGCCAAGGAAGAACACCGUUAUCCUGCUGGCCCCAAUCACCACCUCCUUGGGGCUCCCCGUGCCCGCCUGGCCCCCAUGCAUCCAAAGUCCAUGCAUCCAGAGUCCAUGGCGGUGCCCAUGAUGCUGCUCAACCUCGUGGACCAGCUGGGGGAGGCGGACGAGGAGCUGGCGGGCAACUACGCGGAGCUGGGGGACUGGUGCGCCCAGAGGAUCUGCAGCACGUCCAGGACAGCCACUUUGGUGGUGGUGGCAGGAUAUCCUGCUUGGAGAUGGUCGGACUUGGCAGGUGCCUGGAGGAUGAACUUCAGGAAGCAGUGCCGCAAGAGCGGCAACUUCACACGACGACGAGGGAAGCUGGCCACCACGGGAACAGGCGUGCGCUGCGUCUCAGCCCUAAACCUUCGAAAAGACGGCUCUGGGGCCUGCGACGUGGCCACUGGGCACAGGCUCGCCGAGGUCUCCCUCAAGCCACCCUCAGCCCAGAUCCCCGCAUACCCAGAAGUUGUUGGCUCCCUGGGCACCUGGCUGCCAGGACGGUCUCUGGAGCCCCGCCCCGGUGGACUCGUCCCCUGA